GAUGAUGUAUAAUUAAGGGCAAAAAUAACUUAUAUGUAAGAAUAUAUUUAGCGUUAUUAUUGUUAUCCAUUAAAAAAUUUGUGGCCAUUGAGGAAUUCUCACACAUAUCCACACCACGGACGUUACUCUCUCUAUUACCCCAUAAGCCAUAAGCAAUGGCCAUCCUAUCCGCUAAGCUAGCGACCAGCAGUUUCCAUAUCCCAUCUCACACCCACCACCGUAAACCGCCUUCUCUUGUCCCCAACAACUUCAAUUCCCCCAACAAUUAUAGUUGUAAUGGAUGUAGCAAUAUUAAGCUGAACAAAAUAAACUGUAAGGCUACCGAAAUUUCGGUGGCGGAGGGAUCAUCCGCCUCCAGCGGAGGGGAUGGGAAGUUGAAUUGGGUGCCUGUGGUUCCGCUUUCAGCACUUCCAAAAGGAGAGAGGCGUGUUAUCAUACAAGAUGGGGAAACUAUACUCUUGCUUUGGUAUAAAGAUGAUGUUUUUGCUAUUGAAAAUCGUUCCCCUGCUGAAGGUGCUUAUAGUGAAGGACUUCUUAAUGCUAAGCUCACUCAGGAUGGAUGUAUUGUGUGUCCUACAACGGAUAGCACAUUUUAUCUGCAAAAUGGAGCCAUCAAAGAAUGGUACCCGAAUAAUCCUGUGCUGAGAGUCCUUACUCCUGCCUUGAGAAAUUUGUUUGUUUACCCUGUUAAAACCGACAAUGAGAAUAUCUACAUCAGCAUGAGAGGUGGAAAAGUUGAUGCAUCUGCAGAGAUUGUUUUCAGUGGAAAGGCUCAACCUGGUGUAACAGCAACUGACGUCAAUGUAGACGAGGUAAGAAUGGUUAUCGACGAGGGUCAGGAGGCUUUUGGGUUCACUGGAAGGAAUGAGCUGAUAAAUGGAAAAGCAGCAGUAAUUGGUUUCCUGUUGCUGUUGGAUUUUGAACUCUUGACCGGUAAAGGUCUUCUCAGUGGAACAGGGUUCUUGGACUUCAUUUACUCAAUUUCAGACGCUUUCAAAUGAGACCAUUUUGCUACAGGAAAAUUUCCUACGAGUAUCCAUAAAUUCUUCUUUCCCUUCCCUCUUCUCCCCCCUCUCCCCUCUUUUUUUCUUGUUUUUCUGACAAAUUUUCUUUUGUUUCCAAAAAAAACAAAAACAAAGAAUGUUGAUCUUUGUGUAUGUUGUCCAACUUUAUAGAUUAGUGAAUUAUAUAAAGUUUUGAACAGGAUACUCAUUAUUCCA